AUGCAAGCUAUAGCUGCGCCCAACGUCGCUUUAAUUAAGUAUUGGGGCAAGGGAGACCAGAAAACUAACUCCCCCGCUUCUGGCUCUAUCUCUUUCACGCUAUCUGCGGAAACUCUAUGGGCCAAAACAAAAGUGCUGUCCCGUGAUGUCUCCAAAGGUACAAUUGGUCCGACCAUGGAGAUAAAUGGGACCACUGUUGCGGUUAAGGAUUCCCUAGUGCGCCUUCUGGAUGGAUUCAGUCAAUGUGCACAUUUAACGGGCGCCUCUGCUUCCAGUGGUUCGUCUGCCUUGGGGCUUGUAGAAGAAUUCUCAAGAGACAUCUCCAUAGUGUCUCAGACUAAUAUCCCCAUCGCUAGUGGCAUCGCAUCUUCAGCUGCCGGUGCAGCCGCACUCGCUCUAGCCCUGAACGAGUACUACCGAACAAACUUCGAUAGAAAGAUUCUUUCAUGUCUUGCACGGCUAUAUUCUGGCUCAGGCGCACGCUCUGUGUAUCCAGGAGCUGUGGAGAUGGUUUGUGACGCCAACGCACACUCUCUGCUCCGCUGGCACGCAGUCCCCCUUUCCGUUCACCCCUCUUUUCACUCUCUGGAGUGCCUUAUACUUCUUUUUUCAUCCGCUCCAAAGCCCCUCUCGUCCACAGAAGCCAUGAAUAAAUGUGCAGAUCAUCCAUCCCAGAAGGCACGGUUGGUUCGUAUUCCCGCUCGUCUUGACCGCUGCAGAUCUGCCCUGCAACGUGGGUGCUUCAAUGACCUGGCUGAAGUGUGUGAAGAGGACUGGAAGUGCAUGCAUAGCGUUGUGCAGGAGGCGGCAGAAGUGACAUAUAUAACAGAGGAUGGGCGUGCCUUCUCCGACUGGGUCACCACUCAAAGACGCACAGCAGGACUGCAGGCUUUUUGCACAUACGAUGCAGGCCCCAAUUGCAUUGUAUUUGGAUUUCCUGACGACCUUAGUAGAAUAAGGAAGAGUCAACCACGGUUUCAGUACCUCGCGUGCAAGAUUUCUUGGUAA